AUGGAAAUAUUGGAAGAAAAAAUAAAAAGUCUACAAAAUUAUAGAGACUUAUUUUUUAUAAACAAUCCCACCAUACCAUAUGACGAAUUUUUAAAAGAAAUUAAAAAAAAAGUUUGUAAUUUAAAAGAAGAGAUACCAAUAUCAAUUAAAGAUGUUAAAAAUAUUACAGCAACAAAUUUUUAUAUUCAAGGAAAAAUUUUAAAUAUAAUGCCUGAAUAUGAUGAAAAUUGUGAAAAUUACCUUACAAAAGCUGUUAAAAAAGAAUGUACAAAAUGGGAGAGUUGGUUAGAGUUAGCAAUAUGUAUGUGGAAAAAAGGUAAUUAUGAGGGGGCAUUAGAAUGUAUGAAGGAGGCAUACAAAUUAAAUAAUAAUAAUUGUGAUAUUCUUAUUGAAUAUGGGACUGUUUUAAGAAAUCAAAAAAAACCUGAAUUAAAUGAACUUGCUAGAAAGUUAUGUUUAAAGGGUAUUGAAAUUUAUCCAAAUAAUCCAAUGAUUUGGUAUUCAUAUGCCAAUCAAUGUUUACAUGAUUUUUAUAAUUAUGACAAAGAUAUACAAUAUUUAGAAAAAUCAAUUGAAUGUUUUAAUAAAUCUUUAUCAUUAACAACUCCUACUACUCCUUUACCAUCUGAUUUUUACUUAAAUUUUUCAUCAUCCCAUUAUUCAAAUGGAAAUUUAGUAGAAUGUUGUUUAAAUUUAACGAAAGCUGUAAUAUUAGAACCAUAUUACCAAGUAAUACAUGAAAAAAUAUCUUGUUUAGAUAAUCUUUUGAAAAAAAUAUUCCAAAAAUACAAGGAAAUUGCAGGUGAUGAGGGAGUUAAUGAAACUUAUUUAAAUGAUACUGACACUUGUACUGAAAAUUUGAUGUCUGAGAAUAAUGGUGAAUCAUAUGUAAAAUUGAUACAUAUACUUAAUUCUUCUAAUAAUAUAUCAAGUUAUUAUAUAGGUACUAUUGAAAAAAUGAAAAAAAUAAUUGUGAUAUGUGAUGCCAAAAAUUUGUUGAUUAUUGAUAUGUCAAUGAGGUAUUCAUUGAAAAACAAUGAAUUAGUGACUGGAGAUGACAACAAUAUCAUUUGUGAUAUAAAGUUACCAUUAUCCCGUUUAAAGAGUAAAAUGAAAAAUUCUUUUGAUGUGAAUUGUCAAAAACAAAAAGAUAAUUUUUUUGAUAAUGAAUUACUUUUUAAUAAGACAAAAAAAUUAUUUCCAAAUAUUCAUAUCUUGGAUUGUAUUCCUAUUUUUUGUUAUUACUAA